UUUGUUCAUCUCUUCAUUGUGCAAACAAACACUGCCUCCAAAUCUUUCCUUCUUCUCCAACGGGAGAAAAGUGGGGGAGAGAGAAAGACAAAAGCAAGAAAGAAAAAAGAAAAAAGAAAAAAACUUUCCCUUUUACCAAACAAAAGAAAGUUAACAAAAGUUAGAAUUCAAUUUUAUUCUUUGGAUUCCGUCGCUUUGAUUUCGCGUGCUUCUGCAAGCUCCAGCCCGUAAUCUGUGAUUUACUGAUUUCCAUCUUCAAAUUCGAAGUCACAACUCUACUGGGUCUCUCGUCUUUGUCUCUGUCAGUCUAUAAUCUUUAUCUAUUGAUUGUUUAUGGUGCCUUUGGGGUUUUGUUAUGAGUCGAUUGGGUGGGUUAUAAUGUGGAUUUGAUUGCCCUUUUAGUAGAGAUCUUACGUACUGGGUGUUUGGUUUUUUCUGGUUGUAUUUGCUAUAUGUUUUGUGGAAGGAGACUGAUGAUGUAUUUUAUUAUGUUAGAAAAUAUCACUUCUGGAUAUUCAUUUGUGUGAAUUAGAACUAAAUCAAGACAUCUGCAAGGCCAGUGGUGAUUGCCACAGAAAAGAAAUCAGCUUUUUUAAUUAUGAGUAAUAAUUACCUGUAAAGGGGGUUCAAUUUGAUUUGUGUGGAACUUACGGAGUGAUAUUGUAUCCAUUAGCUGUUUGUAUUGUUUUUUUAGGUGUAUUUUUCUGAUUCUUUAGAAAAAAUUUACGUUAGAGUUUUUGUUUUUGUGGGUUUGAGAUAUCUCUUUUGGCCGAGGGUAGUCAUUUGUGAACACAAGCAACUUAUUGCUCUUUUUAUUUCCAUUUUUGACUCCCAAAUUUUGUUGUGUUUUGAAUUCUGGGGAGGAAGGGUGAGGGGGAGAGAGGGAAAGCAAGUGAAGAAAAAACGCAUCUGGCUACUGUGGAGAUCUGGGAUUUGUUUCAUCUCUUAUGCCCAAUGAGGACUUUCUUCCCAUCCGAGUCAUGUAAAGAGUCACAAAUCAAUGCUUUAAAUCCACAGUCAUGGCUUCAAGUUGAAAGAGGGAAACUCUCUAAAGUUACUUCUUGCUCUUCUUCAUCCAUAGAAUCACUUAUCAAGGUCCCUGAACCUCCAGUCUUGCCAUUCUUUAAACCUGUUGAUUAUGUAGAAGUUUUAGCUCAGAUUCAUGAAGAACUUGAAUCAUGUCCUCCACAAGAGAGGUCAAAUCUCUAUUUAUUACAAUUUCAGGUCUUUAGGGGCCUUGGCGAAGUCAAAUUGAUGCGGAGAAGCCUCUGCUCAGCAUGGCAGAAGUCCAGCACUGUGCAUGAGAAGCUUGUAUUUGGGGCUUGGUUGAAGUAUGAAAAGCAGGGAGAGGAGCUUAUUGCUGACUUGCUUGCCACUUGUGGUAAAUGUGCACAAGAGUUUGGACCAAUUGAUAUUGUAUACCAGCUUCAUGCUGAUAUCAGUUCAAGUUCCCAUGAGACUGUUUUGAUGAAUGCAGAAUGUAAUUUGAGAAAUGUCAUUUUUAGAAUUGGAGAUGAGAAAAUUGUUUGUGAUAGGAAGAAAAUUGCAGGCCUUUCAGCUCCAUUCCAUGCUAUGCUUAAUGGAUGUUUCUCGGAAUCUUUUUGUGAAAACAUAGAUUUCUCGGAGAAUAACAUAUCUCCUAUGGGUUUUAAGGCAAUCACCGACUUCAGUGUAACUGGCAGUUUAAAUGAAGUUUCUCCAGAUGUUUUAUUAGAAAUAUUGAUUUUUGCAAAUAAGUUUUGUUGCGAAAAGCUAAAAGAUGCCUGUGAUAGGAAGCUUGCAUCUUUGGUUUCCUGUAGAGAAGACGCCGUAGAACUCAUGGAAUGUGCUCUUCAAGAGAGCUCGCCCGUCCUUGCUGCAUCAUGUUUGCAAGUUUUCUUGCUUGAACUGCCUGAUUGCUUGAAUGAUGAUCGGGUGGUGAAAAUAUUUAGCCAUGCUGAUAAGCAAGAGAGAACAGUUAUGGUUGGGGCAGCCUCAUUUUCACUAUACUGUUUAUUAAGUGAAGUUGCAAUGAACCUUGAUCCUCAAUCCGAUAAAACGGCUAGUUUCCUAGAACGGUUGGUGGAGUCAGCUGAAAGUAACCGGCAGAAAAUGUUGGCUUUUCAUCAGUUGGGUUGUGUGAGACUUUUGAGGAAAGAGGAUGAUGAAGCUGAACGUCUUUUUGAGGCAGCUUUUAAUGCUGGUCACAAGUACUCUGUAUCAGGUUUGGCUAGACUGGGUUACAUUAGGGGUCAUCGGCUUUGGGCUUAUGACAAACUCAGCUCUAUGAUAUCCUCUGUUACCCCGCUGGGAUGGAUGUAUCAGGAAAGGUCCUUAUGUUGUGAAGGCAAUAACAAAUUCGAGGAUCUUGAGAAAGCAACUGAAUUGGACCCAACUCUUACUUAUCCCUAUAUGUACCGUGCGGCUUCUUUGAUGAGGAGGCAGAAUGUACAAGCUGCACUAGCAGAGAUCAACAGGGUUCUUGGGUUCAAACUAGCAUUGGAAUGCUUGGAACUGCGAUUUUGUUUCUAUUUAGCUCUUGAAGAUUAUCAAGCAGCCCUUUGUGAUGUUCAGGCAAUUCUCACUCUCUCCCCAGAUUAUAGAAUGUUUGAGGGACGGGUGGCAGCCUACCAACUUCGAACUCUUGUGCGUGAGCAUGUUGGGAAUUGGACAACAGCUGAUUGUUGGAUGCAAUUGUAUGAGAGGUGGUCUUCUGUUGAUGAUAUAGGGUCCCUCUCUGUCAUAUACCAAAUGCUUGAAUCUGAUGCUCCAAAAGGCGUUCUAUAUUUCAGACAGUCUCUCCUUCUUCUUAGGUUAAAUUGUCCUGAGGCUGCCAUGCAAAGCUUACAAUUAGCUCGGCAACAUGCAUCAACUGAACACGAACGUCUAGUUUAUGAGGGAUGGAUCUUGUAUGAUACUGGUCAUUGUGAGGAGGGGCUUCGAAAAGCUGAAGAGUCUAUCAUAAUUAAUAGGUCUUUUGAGGCCUUCUUUCUUAAAGCCUAUGCACUGGCUGACUCUAGCCAGGAUCCUUCUUGUUCUGUAACUGUUGUUUCACUACUUGAAGAUGCUUUGAAGUGUCCUUCAGAUAGACUGCGCAAAGGCCAGGCACUUAACAAUCUUGGAAGUGUCUAUGUUGACUGUGGGAAAUUAGACUUGGCAGCUGAUUGCUACAUAAAUGCCCUUAAAAUCAGGCACACUAGAGCACAUCAGGGCCUUGCUCGAGUCUAUUUUCUCAGAAAUGAUAGGAUUGCUGCAUACGAGGAAAUGACCAAAUUGAUUGAGAAGGCUCGAAACAAUGCGUCUGCUUAUGAGAAGAGGUCUGAGUACUGUGAUCGUGAACUCACAAAAGCGGACCUAGAGAUGGUCACAAAAUUAGAUCCACUCCGAGUGUACCCUUACAGAUAUCGAGCUGCAGUAUUGAUGGACAGCCACAAGGAGAAGGAAGCCAUUGCAGAACUAUCAAAAGCAAUUGUAUUCAAACCAGACCUUCACCUACUGCAUUUGAGGGCUGCUUUCUAUGAGCAUAUUGGCGAUGUCUCGGCCGCCCAACGCGACUGUCGAGCUGCUCUAUCUUUCGAUCCGAACCAUCAAGAAAUGUUGGAACUUCACAGCCGUGUAAACAGCCAUGAGCCUUGAAAACUAUAUAUGGCUUCAUUGGCAUGCCAUAGAAAUACUGCCCCACCCUGUACACUAUUCGUUUCCUCCCUCACUUUUUGUAAUUUAUGGCUUUUCCAUUUUUGUAAAAUUUAAUUUAAUUAAUGUGAAAGAAUUUGGCUACCAACACAAAAAUAUGCAAAAGAAUGUCUUUGAAGGUGCAAUUAUCUUUAUCUAUUUUUAUACCA